AUGGCGAAUAUACAUCCAAACCAUUACACACAACAACAGAAUCUAACUAAUAUAAGUACUAAUUGUAAUUAUUGCGGAGAACCUAAUAGUCAGUGCUGCUGUAAGUAUAAUCAAAUGAAGCCAAGCAGGAAUUUGGCAGAUACCAGAAAUGCCGAUAUGAAUCCUAAUUACCACCGAAGUGUGACAACAUCGUCUUCGGAAUCGACAGAUACAACGGGCUCCAAUAAUAAUAAUCACAGCAAUAUAAAUGUUCCGGUCCAGAGUUUGUUUGACCACCGUUGGUCGAACCCAUCUGUUAACUACCCGGUGUACGUCAAUAGUAUGGCAAGCAACGAUUCGGGGAAUGCGACUAUUGGUAGUGUAUCGAUGGACAAUGCUAACAACAAGUAUUACUCGUCGGAUAACCAGGUGAACUAUGUCCAAACGCAAAAUACUGGAAGCCAGGAACUCUAUUCUGCAUUCGAAGAAUCACCACAGCCAUUGCAAGCGGAAAUUCAAAGCGUUCCUCCUUCAAACAUUAACUUACCCAAGCGGAAGCCUAGUGUCCAGACAUCUGAUAAAACCAAGUCGAAAAAAUAUAACAGGAUUCCGGUACGACAAGAGUUUUCCCAUCUAAACAAACCUUCCCAUGAUUCGUCGCAUCCGUCGGCUUAUAAUGAUAUGGGUGCAGAUAUGAAUAGUUUUUUUAAUUUUUCGAAUAAUGACUUUUCGAGUAACGAUCUUUCUACUAAUGACUUUGCAAGUGAAUUUGCUGUUGGUGCUUUUGCCACUGGUGAUUUCAAUAACGACUUCGCUAAUAUUAGUGAUAACAAUGAUAACAUAUCGGGCACCGAAAAUUCAAUAGCAUAUAACCUGGUGCCAUUACCAACAAACGAUGACACUACAGGUGAUAGUACUAUCAAAUUACAAAAGAAAAACAAGAAGCCGGAAUUUCACCUCCCAUUGGACAAUUUAAAUAAUCGCAAUGUGAUGUUCCUGAAAUUGACCGAUUUAACUGCAUCAUCUCCAUCUGACUCAAGCGUGGAUAAAUACGACCAUCUUAAGAUCAUGGAACCGGACUUAGGUCUUGGCUACGAUCAUGAUUUUAGAAAUAAUUUUCAAGAUAAUAUAACACCUUCAAUGAAACCUCCAGGUACAAAUACUCAGGAAUAUUUUGAGGUUUAUAACCUAAGCGAUACUGGCGGUGAAGAUAGUUAUAAAAAUGUCAAUAUUGACAAUGAUUACGAAGGUAUUAAUAGUGGCAGCAACACUGAUACUUCGCAAACCGAUACCCACAAAUUGACUAACCGAAUGAGCUCAAGUUAUAACGAUCGUGGUGGAUUAACACGUCCACGUUUAAAUUAUGCCCAAAGUUUCAAUAGUGCACUCGAUUCCAAGCCCAGUAUAGGGCCCUCAUUGAAUGGAUUCAAUUUUGAUACGGGCGUAACAAAAAACAUACCUGGUGCGUACCGUAGCACGAGUGACGGGCCUCCAGAAACAAACAACGACGAUCCAGCUCCUUUGAAUAAGAAGAACUUGCUCGUGAAAACGCAGCAAAACUACUCGCAUCUUGAUAUUCAGAGACCCAUCUUUGAACGAGCCGAUUCAAACCAGAGUCUCAACAGCGUUGGGUCCAUUGGCUCAGCAACCAAGAAAAAGAGGAGUCCGAAGGGUGCUGUGUGUUCAGUAUGUGACAAGUACAUCAGUCGUGACCUUACAAGACAUAUGAGAAUUCAUGAUGACGUUGGUCGUUUUCAGUGUGUCUAUCCGAAAUCAAUGUGUAACCACAAAACAGGCUACUUCAACCGUCCGUACGACUACAAGAAGCAUUUGCUACAUAUGCAUUUCAAGUUUGAUGAUCCAAAAGGUAAAACUGCUCAUACAUUGACUGACAAAUUGCCUCUAAUAGGGUCUUGUCAAGCUUGUGGUGCCAGAUUUUCGGCUAAUGAUUGGCUUGAUUCCCAUAUUUUAACGAAUAAUAAGAACCAAAAGUGUCUGUAUCUUAGAUACGAAACUAAUUAA